CACUUUCCAUCUCACCCCCCUCCCCCUGACACACUGACAUCAGAGGAGGCAGAGGCCCAAACUGCACUUACAAAGCCCGACAUUAGAUGUGUCAGAGAGGAGACCUGCACGGACAAAACCGGGACUAAUGCCCCUGUUUUCGUGCGUUUUACGGCGAUGAGGGAUUCCAGAGGCUUAACGCACCUCCAAUCACCAAAGAAGAGGCUUUUACGCACAAUUAUUAGUUAGAAAAGGGAGUGUGGACGGAGAAGGUGUGUGCAUGUUACUCGGUGGGCUUCAUUUCCUCGGUGCUGCUGUAGAGCGGGAGCUGGAAGACAUGAUGCUGCAAAGUCCGCUCACCUCCACCUCCACGCCGUUUUCUGUCAAGGAUAUCCUGAAGCUGGAGCUCCAGCAGCAGCAGCAGCAGCAGCAGUCCGGGUCCUUGGAGCUCCAGCACCGGGUCCACACCCAGACCCACACCCAGCGGUCCGGGUCUCCUUCCCAGCAGCAGCACUUCCAAACCCCGCCGUCCUGCAUGCUCUCCGGGGCCCGGGACAGUCCUCCCUUCUCGGACGGAGAGGACAACCUGUCCUACCUGAGCGCGCUGGCGGUGCGGGACCAGGAGGAGGACCGGGAGGAGGACCGAGGGGACACCAGCCUGUCUCUGUCUCUGUCCCCGGACAUGUACGUCCACCCCGGGCUGCAGGGAGCCAAGCUGGAGGAGCAGGAGAGCAAGAGCUGUGGUUCGGUGUCCCGGGAGGAGGCCUCGGAGGGCGGGCAGACCGACCCGGAUCGGCCGGUUCCGGUUCCGAAGCAGAGGAGCCGGAGGAGACCCCGGGUUCUGUUCUCGCAGGCUCAGGUGUUCGAGCUGGAGAGACGCUUCAAGCAGCAGCGCUACCUGUCCGCACCUGAGCGCGAGCACCUGGCCACCAGCCUCAAACUCACUUCCAACCAGGUGAAGAUCUGGUUCCAGAACCGCCGCUACAAGUGCAAACGGCAGCGGCAGGACAAGUCUCUGGAGGCGGCCGGACAGCACCACCCUCCGCCGCCUCCACGGCGCGUCGCGGUGCCGGUUCUGGUCCGGGACGGGAAGCCGUGUCUGGGAGGCGCGCAGAGCUACACCUCCUCGGCUCCGUACGGAUCCAACCCGUACGGUUAUACCGGAUACCCGGCCUACACAUACAGCAGCCCGGCUGCUUACAACAGCAACUACAGCAACUACAGCUGCACCUACAGCAGCAUCCCCAACCUGCCUCCAUCAGGCUCCUCCAGCGCCUUCAUCAACAUGAACCUGGGAAACUCCACACAGACCCAAACACAUCCAGGGACCGCGGUACCAUCCUGCCAGAACCAGAACCAGACCCAGACCCAGGGCGCCCUGCAGGGGAUCCGGGCCUGGUAGCAUCACCACCUCACCACAACACACCUGGUAGCCUCACCAGAACACACCUGGUAGCCUCUCCACCUCACCACAACACACCUGGUAGCCUCACCAGAACACACCUGGUAGCAUCACCACCUCACCA